AUGGCGGUCGACAGUGUGGACGAUUCAUACGCGCGCACAAGAAUGCCCAAAGAGAUCCCCUUGGAUAUCGUGGACAUUAUAUUACGGUACCUUUGGACGAGCCCCGAGACGUAUCAGAACUGCACUCGCGUAUGUCGUGAAUGGUACAAGCUCUGCGCCCAGCAGCAAGCCCGCUACAAUGGCAUUUUUCUGGAGGACCUCUCCGAUCUCCAAGCGUUGAAACGCGUCUGUUCUUCAUUAACCUCGGCAGAACUAUACCCGAAAAGAAGGUUUCUGGAGGUCUUCGAAGACGAGAGGCAUCCUUAUAGCCAGCAAGUGCCUCCUGUUCUCUCGAGCGACCUUCCCAGCCUCUUGCACAUAUCCUUCAUCAAUAGCGAUUGGCAGACGGGUAGAUCCCCGCUGUCAUUCAACUUUUUUUGGGGCAUUGCUCAGUUCCCCUACCUCAGCUCAGUGAUCUUGUAUAACUGCCGGUUCCACACCCUGAGCGAUCUCAAGAAGCUCGUCUGCGCCAUCCGCCAUCUCUCUAUUCUCUGCCUAGAUAAGGUUGUCUGGGUCCCAGCAAAGACAGGAGGAUUGCAGCAAACACGAGAUCUACAACACCCAUAUGAAUCUCAAAUCAAGACACUCAGGUUAACGCAUUUGUUAUCCACUCGGAGAGCUAGUUCGAGUGCGGUAAAGGACGCUCUGACGGACCCUGCUUUUGCGGAGCUCGUCCCGUGGAUUUUUGGAUCUGUCACUGAUAUGUUCAUACACGACUGCUGUUUUGAAGAUUUUAACGAGUUCCGAAGCUAUGUUUUUGCUUUCAGCUGCGUGGAGAAGCUGUUCAUUGAACGGCUGGAGUUGUUGAGCAGUCCGGAAGGGCUUGGGACCAUGCCACCUGCUAACAGCGCCGUGUUUCUUCUUCCGCUCAUUAAACCUUCCCCAUACGGACCCGGGCGAUUUGGCGUGGACUACAAAUUCAAGCGUAAUAUGAUGUGGAAAUGGAACGGCGACGAGUUUCACACAGAGGAUACAAAAGCCUUGCUUGAAUUUCAGGCGGGUCAUUGGGUUCCUGAUGAUGUCAAUCAACUGAGGAUCCUCUGCCAAUACGAAUCGGUCACUGCGCCUGAUCUAUUUGGCAGGAAGCUAGAGAUCUAUGGAGGAUCACCGCCUGAGGUCAUGCUUCUCACCGGUGAUCGGUCCUUCGAUGAGCUGCAGUUUGAGAUACGCCGUCCCGUUGACAUAUGGUCGCUCGACAUCCUGUGGGACAGUGUCGCCCAUGCCCUCAUGCAGCUCCGGCUCUGGAACUGUUACGAGCUGCACAUCAAGCUCCGCUUUGUGGCUCUGGGAGAACUUGUAAUCGAAGCUGCUGGGAGUCCUCGGUUUCUUCACGAACUGAAAAGGCUGGACACCCGUCUUAUUCGUCAAGCACUCACUCAGAGGACGUUUAACAACCUGGAUCGCGUCUAUGUGGAGAUUAUGACCUGGAGCACUACGGAGGAGAUGCUGGAUCUCGUUGAAGAGCCACUGCAAGACUACGUGAAGCGCGUUAUGGAUUUAUGGGAUGAUCGAGGAAUCUUGCACGUUUUCGUGAAAUAG